AUGGGGUUAAUUAAUAGAUUCCGUACAACAAGGUUAUCAAAAACUGAAAGUAUUUCAAUUAAUAGUUCAGAUGAUAAACCUUUAGAUUUGGAAUUAAAUGAUGUUAGUGAUAAAACAAAAGAAGUUACAACUUCUAAUCAAGUCCAUGAUCAAACUUCAGAUCAAUUAGAUGAUGUUGAAAUUGAUAAGGACUUACAACAUGGUGUUAAAACAAUUGAAGCUACUGCUGUUGCAUGGUCUAAAAGAUCAUUAAUUGGUGUAUUCAUUUCAAUUUGGUUUGUCUAUUUAUUGAAUGCAUUCCAAUCUUCUACUGCUGGUAGUUUAGAUUCUUAUGUUGUUAGUGAUUGGGGUGAACAUUCUUUAUUGACUGUUAUUUCUGUUGUUUCAAGCUCAAUGACUGCUGCUGUUUUCAUUCCUUUAGCUAAAUUCUUGGAUUUAUUUGGAAGAGCUGAAGGUUAUUUAUUAAUGGUUGGAUUUUGUGAAUUAGGUUUGAUUUUAAUGGCUUGUAGUCAUGAUUUAUCAACUUAUUGUGCUGCAAAUGUUUUCUAUAAUGUUGGUUUCACAGGGUUAAUCUAUAGUAUUGAUGUUGUUACUGCGGAUGCUACACAAUUGAAAAACAGAGCUUUAGCUUUUGCAUUCACUUCAUCUCCUUAUAUGAUUUCUGCAUUUGCAGGUUCUUAUGCUGCUGAAAAAAUGUUGGAAACUAUAGGUUGGGCUUGGGGUUUUGGUACAUUUGCAUUUAUAACUCCUGUUGUUUGUGCACCUUUAUACUUGAUUUUAAAAUAUAAUUUAAGAAAAGCUAAAAAAAAUGGUAUUUUGGAAAGAGAACCAAGUGGACGUACAAUUCCUCAAAGUAUUAAACAUUAUAUUAUUCAAUUUGAUGCGUUAGGGGUGUUUUUAUUUGCUUCAGGUUUGAUUAUUUUCCUUUUACCUUUUAAUAUUGCAGCAUCUGCACCAAAUGGUUGGUCAACUGGUUAUAUUAUUGCAAUGAUUGUUGUUGGAUUUGUAUUAUUAGUUCUUUUUGGAUUAAAUGAAUUUUAUUUAGCUCCAGUUCCAUUUAUGAAACAUAAAUUUUUCGCUAAUAGAACUUUAAUUGGUGCAUGUUGUUUAGAUUUUACUUAUCAAUUAUCUUAUUAUUGUUGGAAUUCAUAUUUUACAUCUUUUUUACAAGUUGUUAAUUAUUUAACCGUGGCAGAAGCUGGUUAUAUCAGUCAUACAUUUGAUAUCGUUUCAGGUGUGUUAUUAUUCAUUGUUGGUUAUGGUAUUCGUAAAACUGGUUAUUUCAAAUGGUUAUUAUGGGUUGGUUUACCAUUAUAUAUACUUGCACAAGGUUUGAUGAUUUAUUUCAGAAGACCAACAGGUUAUGUUGGUUAUAUUGUUAUGACCCAAAUUUUCAUUUCUGUUGGUGGUAGUGCUUUCACUAUUUGUAUGCAAUUGGCAGUUUUAGUAGCUGUUGAUCAUCAAUAUAUUGCAGCAGCUUUAGCUAUGCUUAAUGUUACAGGUACUGUUGGUGGAUCAGUUGGUUAUACUAUAUCAGGUGCUAUUUGGACAAAUUGUUUUGAAAAAGCAUUGGAAAGAUUUUUACCAGAAUCUGCACUUGAUGCAGUAGCUGAUAUUUAUGGUGAUAUUGAAGUUCAAUUAAGUUAUGAAAAAGGUUCAUUAGAAAGAAUAGCUAUUCAAAAAGCUUAUGCUUAUGCACAAACAAGAAUGCUUGCUGCUGGUACUGCUAUUAUGGCUUUAGGUUUCAUUUGGGUUGCACUAAUAAGAAACUAUAAAGUUUCUGAAAUGAAACAAAACAAGGGUAAUUUGUUUUAG